AUGGCUGUCCGCGCUCAGUUUGAAAACUCCAACGAACCCCGCCUCGCGCCGCGCUGCAGCUUGCAAAUCCCUCUGCCCGAGACCGAAAGAAAAAGGCACAGCAUGCCGGCUACGGUGUUCAAGGCUCUUGUGAAUUGUGCGACGUUUGAAAUCCCCAAACUCGGAACUUGCAACACCGCACUCGGCUUCAAAUCCCACCGCAUCCCCGUCGAAACCACCUCGCUAACAAGCUUUCUCCCCCCGCAGGGUUGCGUCUUCGAAGCCGAGCUGGCCGACGUCAUCCCCAUUGUGCGCACCACCAUUGCCGGCACGCGCAUCAUCGGCCGCCUCACGGCCGGCAACCGCAAAGGCCUGCUCGUGCCCACGACCACGUCGGACCAGGAGCUGCAGCAUCUGCGCAACUCGCUGCCCGACGCCGUGCGCAUCCAGCGCAUCGAGGAGCGUCUCUCGGCCCUCGGCAACGUCAUUGCCGCCAACGACCACAUUGCCCUCGUCCACCCGGACCUCGAGCGCGAGACGGAGGAGAUUAUUGCCGAUGUGCUCGGCGUCGAGGUCUUUCGCCAGACCGUCGCCGACAACGUCCUGGUCGGCUCCUACAUGAGCCUCUCCAACCAGGGCGGCCUCGUCCACCCCAAGACAAGCAUCCAGGACCAGGACGAGCUCUCCAGCCUGCUCCAGGUGCCCCUCGUCGCCGGCUCCGUCAACCGCGGCAGCAGCGUCGUCGGUGCCGGCAUGGUCGUCAAUGACUGGCUCGCCGUCACCGGGCUCGACACCACCGCCACCGAGCUGUCCGUCAUUGAGAGCGUCUUCCGCCUCGGCGACGGCAACGGCCCCAGCAACAUCAACACCAACAUGAAGGACACCAUGGUGGAGAGCUUCUACUAG